UCACUUAAAGUGAUGGGUGUGUUCUAAAUCCUAAAUUAAAUUCUUAGAAAAUGUGAAUACCGCAGCUGCAGCACCGAAAUUAAUUCCCUAGAGAAUCAAUCUUCAUCGUGUUUUUCCCAUCUUCUUAUAGCUAUUUUUCUUAACGACCAUGUGAUCGCAAGGCGCUUUCCAGAUUCUCUCCGUGCAUUGCAUUUGACGUCAUUAGGGUUUAUUAGCAGUCUGAGCACAGACACCAACAUCAGUAACACUCCAUUCUCUUUUCCACUCGGUGAAGAGUCUGCAGUCCCACUCUCCGCACUCCCCUUCUCUCAUGCAUGGUUACAGUAUUUUGAAUGCGGGAUGCCUCCAUUACUCAAAAACAGACUAUACGGCAGUUCGUGAAAAAAAUCCGCUGUUACUUGAAGCAUCAAAGAACUUUAUGAAAUUCUACGUUUACAUGUGCAAAACCAGGAUCGGCUUACUUUGAAGAGAUGAAUGGAAGCCUGGCGUCAAAUGAAACGGCAGCGCCAGCCCCGUGGAUAGAAGCUACCGAUGGCAACAGUACCUUGGAGCUUUCUUCUGAGCUGCUGGACUUCGCCAUUAACCCCUGGGACAUCAUGCUGUGCAUAUCAGGAACUGUGAUUGCCUGCGAAAAUGCGAUUGUUGUUGCCAUAAUAUUUUAUACGCCGACUUUAAGAACACCCAUGUUUGUGCUAAUCGGGAGUCUUGCGACUGCAGAUCUCUUGGCAGGAAUGGGAUUGAUAUUGAACUUCGUAUUCCAGUAUUUAAUUCCCUCCGAAACUAUCAGCCUCAUCACAGUAGGGUUUCUAGUGGCCUCUUUCACUGCCUCGAUCAGCAGCCUACUGGCUAUUACGGUUGACCGCUACUUCUCUCUUUACAACGCGCUGACUUACUUCUCGGAAAGGACAGUACUCUACAUCCACAUGAUGCUAGUCAUUACCUGGGGUGUGUCCUUGUGUCUGGGCCUCCUGCCCAUUCUGGGAUGGAACUGUCUGGACGAGCCACUGUCCUGCAGUAUUGUCAAACCUUUGACCAAAAGCAACGUGACUUUGUUGGCAAUCUUAUUCUUUGUUAUAUUUAUGAUCAUGCUACAUCUGUACUUCAAGAUCUGCAAAAUAGUGUGCAGGCACGCCCACCAGAUUGCUCUCCAACAGCACUUCUUCACUGCUUCGCACUAUGUGGCCACAAAAAAAGGCGUCUCGACUCUUGCCAUUAUUUUAGGGACUUUUGGAGCGAGCUGGCUCCCUUUUGCCAUUUACUGUCUCGUUGGCGAACGCGACUACCCACCUGUAUACACUUACGCUACUCUUUUACCAGCUACUUACAACUCCAUGAUCAAUCCUAUAAUUUAUGCUUACAGGAACCAGGAGAUCCAAAGAUCAAUCUUCGUUCUCUUCUGUGGUUGUUUUCAAACUAAUGUGUCUUAUCGUUCAAGAUCUCCAAGUGAAGUCUAAGUGACCUGUGUUGGCUUGUAACUGUGUUGCACAGCGACAAUCUGCUUUUCGAUUCAUUGUGCCUGCUAGAGUUUAAGACGAAACGUGUAAAGAGGUGUAUCGCAUUGGCACUUUACCUUAGUGUACUUCUGAGGGCAGAGAAAGGUCAAAAUUACUGUGAACGAAGUAGUUUUCUUGAAUCGUACAUUUGCGAUGUGAAUGUAUUCUAAAUACUACUAAAAAAGGAAGCACUUUAUUUUCUUAACUGCCAAAACAGUGUUGAAUACCUGUAAAACGUCGUACUUCGUACUUGCCAAUACUGAUGGUCCGUUUUGUAUUUUGUAAAAUUGCCAAAUAUAUGUAUAUUUUAUACGAAACGGAAAUAAAAGCAAAA